AUGUAUGGAUGUUUAAAUCAAAAUAUCCAAUAUAAAGAUAUUAAAAAAGUGUAUUGUGGUCAUCGUAAACCAUGGUCAUCUAUAACCUCUCUCUACUGGAUGGUUAUGAGAAAGCAGUUUCCACUCUUAGAAGAUAAACUUCAAAGUGACAGAUAUUUACACAUCAACCCACUUGGAAUCCAAAUAUUUUUCGAAAGAUGUUUCAACAGAAAUAUUAUCUUAAAAAUGUUAGAAAAGAAAUUUUCAGAGUUAUCAAUCUCAGAUUUAAUAAUGACAUCAAUAAGAAAAAGAAAUUCUGUAGCAUUAGAAAUAUUAUUAGAAAAGAGAAUUAAAGGCAAUGGAUUUGUUAAUAAUAAUAAUGAUAAUUCAAAGUAUUUUUUACCAAUUUACCCAUCAACUUUUAUUACCACUGUUAAGUUUUCAAAUCAUGAAAUUCUAGAAAUGCUCUUAAAUCAUUUGGAUCAAGAUGAGCGUAAUACACUUAUAACACCAAUUAAAUCAGACUUAAUUAAAAAUUCACUUUUAAAUUUUUCAUUUAAGGAAGAUAUGCUAUUAUUUUUAUUAAAUAAUCCAAUAAUUUCACCAUUUAUAGAAAAUAGUAAUAAAAAUAAUGAUAGCAAUAAAAUAUCAUUACCAUUUUCACAAUUUAUGUCUUUCAAAUCAAUUAAAUUAAAGAAUCAGCUAUUGGAAUUAAAUUUUGUAGAAAUCCCAACCAUCGAAAUGAUAAAUGUUAAAGAUGCAGCACGUUUAUCAAUUGAAGAACUGGAGUUAAUAUUAAGAAUUAAGUGUUAUAUGGAUAGAGAAGAAAUCAAAUGCCACAGUGAAACCAUGGGUGACAAUAGAGAAGAAAUAAAGAAAGCCUUGUUAACGAAAAUAAUUAGAAAGUUCAAAUCUGAUGAAUUAUAUUUAGAGUUUUUAUGUCUUUAUAACAGUGUAAUUGAAGAUCUCAGAACUGAAGUUGUAAUGGCCUACACCUUUAAUUAUUUUGAUGUUAAUUCCUUAAACUUCAUCAUAAAGUCUUUCAGCGGUACUGACACAGAAAAAAAAGUAGAAUAUUCCCGUUUCGUAUUUGAAAAGUUUUUAGAAUCAACCAAAUUGACAAAUGACCAAAAAGAAAAUCAAAUUAAAGAAUUUUUACAACUAUAUCUUGGUAGCAGUAUUAAAAAUCAAGUAGUAUUUGAAGGAUGGAACAAAAUUAUUGAAAUUCUUUUGGGUCGUUUUGAAAUAUCAGUGCAAACUUUAGAAUUUAUCAACUCAUCAAAUGUUAUACCUGCUUCUGAAUACUUUAAUUUCAAAAAUCCUCAAGUAGUUCCAUUUUCAAAAUAUAAAUGGUAUAUAGAACUUGCAUUAAAAUCAAAUUUAACAUUAGAUCAAAUCAAUCAAAUUAACCAAGUGCCAUCUCUAACUCAAAAUGAAUCAAUAGAUUUCGUUAUUGAAAAUUAUGAAUUUUAUCAACUUGACACUAAAGAAAUAAAUCUAUCAAAUCUUUUCAAAUCUUUGGAUAAUGUAUCGUAUUUUAGAAAUAAAUUGGAAUCAAAUGAAAUCUAUUCAAAAUUAAAAGAGAACCUAUUGAAACCUUCAAUCUAUAUCAAAGCAUUCUUCAGAGCAUUGUCAACUUCAGAUAUACCAUCUUUAAUAUUUUUUGAAUCGAUUAUUACAAACACUCCACAUUCUUCACAAGUAACAGCAACAUCACCAUCACUAUAUAUUAACAGUUAUCAAAGUGGUAGUAUAUGCUCUAAAGAACAAAUAGGAACAUUAUUGGAAUAUUUAAAUGAAAGAGGCUUCAAAUAUCUUUUUACAGAAUCUAUCUUUUUUGACUUUAUCAAUGAUUUAUUCCUUCAGUUUGAUGAUUCAGAAAUUAAACAACUAAAAAUCAACUUUAAUCAAUUCCCAGAGCAAUCAAUAAAGUUACUCUUUAGACAUUUACAAAGAUUUAGGUUACCUUUAAUAAAGUUUAUAGUUUCUCAAAUGGAUUUUGAUAGAUUGUUUGCAACUGAUGACAAAGAUGGCAGUAGUUGUCCAAUUAAAGAACUUUUAGAAUCAACUCUACAUGAAAUUGAAUUACCCAUUGGCUCUGAUAAUACAGGAAUUAUGAAUUUUAAGAAUUUAUUUUCAAUUAUCUAUUAUUUGUUAUUAAAUAUUCCCAAAAAGCAUCACCAUUAUUUCGAAUCAACAUUCUUAUAUUUAUACAAAUCAAUAAUCACCACCUCCGAUAUUACACUAGAAGAAAUCAAAGAAAUCAAUCAACUAUACGAAGAAUAUCAAAUAAUAAUUAAACCAACAUUGUUCCAUCUGGUACAUUACCUUAAGGCUAAAGAUCAAAUUUUGGGAUAUUAUCUAUUAAGAAUUUCAAAUUUCUACACUUAUUGCUCCAAUCCAAACUCAAUAACAUCAAAACAAACUGAAGAGAUGAAUUCCGAGGCAACCAAUGAACUUAAUUUGGAUUUGAUAUCAAAAACAAGUGUUAAAGAUCUAUUUAUUUUAUUAAAGAGUCGAAUUGUGGAUAAAUAUAUUUAUGGCCAAGAAUCAGCAAAAGUUUUUUUAAUGUUAAGUCAAUUUGAUUUAUUUUUAGAAACCAUAUCUUUAGCCAAAGAAUCAGUAGAAAUCCCCCCUUUAGAAAGUAUCGAACAAAGUCUUUCUCAAGUUUUAGAUAAAGAAUCACUCAAGAAACUAUUGAACCAAAAUACAAUAUUUACAAAAGAACCUGAAAAUAAAAAUCAACUGUUAUUGAUAUUUUUCAAGUAUCAAAGAUUGGAUUUGGUCGAAUAUUUAUUACUAGAUGAAAGCAACGGUCCCCAAGAAAGAGAACUUUACAUUUCUUCAAUUUCAAGUCAGAUUUUAACAGAUCUUAUCAAAGACUAUAAUUUCGAUACAAUUAAAUUACUUUCAAGCUAUUCACCUCAAAUAUUCAAACAAAUGACUGAAGUUGAAUUUGAACUCUGCUUUUCUGUUGGCCAUGUAGAAAUGUAUGACUUUUUAGCAAGAAAUUAUCAAGCUCCAGAUUAUAAAAUCAACAACAAAUCAAUUCUAGCUGCAACCUCAAAUAAUGAACCUUUUAUAAUUUUAAAUAAUUUAAAAAGAAUUACAAAUAAGAAGGCAGUAACUGAUUCAUUUAAAACUCAUAAAGAUUUUAAAUAUUUAAAAUUUUAAAUACUAAAACAUAAAAAAAAAAAAUUUAAUAAAACAUAAAUACAAUUUACAAACUU